AUGAAGUCAGAAGAAUCUGUUGUGACAGUAAUUAUAACAGAGUUGAAACCAGCGACGAUGCAAUGGAAUCACCACUUAGGGUUACAAAACAGAGUAAAACGGUUAAAACGGUUAACAGCCAAAACCCUAGUUAGGUUCCUCUCCGUAUCAAAGCUUUGGUCAUCAAUCAUCCGCCGCCAAGAUUUCAAGAAACUGUUCCUCACCGUGUCUUCGAAGCAACCUCAACGUGAAGCUUUCAUAGCUGCAUACCAUAAAACACGUUUUCCAUAUCCUUACACAGUGAGGGUUUCCCAUGUUCGCGAUUUGAUUUGCAUUGGAACUGGAUCUACUUCCGACAAACUUGUAGUAUACAAUACAAGCACAAGAAGAUCAAUCACAUUGCCCAAACUUGACUCUCAAAGUUUUUAUGUUGUUAAACAGUUCUUGAGUUAUGAUCCUAUCGAUGAUGUUUAUAAAGUCUUGUGCAUGACUAGAUCAAAUAAUACAGCAGAAGGGAAGGUUCUGACUUUGGGGAAUGAGAAUUCAUGGAAGAUGAUUGAAGGUGCAUGGCAUACUUAUAUGCCUAACUGUUACGAGAUAUGUAUCAAUGGUGUUUUAUAUUAUGGACUCUAUGGUGACAACAAGGAAACGAUGCAUGAUCCUUUCGUUGUGAGUUUUGAUGUUAGGUCCGAAAAGUUUGAUCUUAUAAGCUGUCCUGAAGAAGUUCAUGACUAUCUACGAAGUUUGGGCAUUAUGAUAAGAUACGAGGGGAAGCUAGCUAUCAUGUCCAUAAAUGUUUCUCUUGAGAAUUGUAUAGUUUUGUGGGUUCUAGAGAAUGCAAUGAAACAUGAAUGGUUUGAAAAGGUUAUUGAUUUUCCUGAUUCGUGGCCAUUACGUAAGGACUAUCGUUACAUUGACUUCAAUGAUGAGGGUGAGUUUGUUUUGGCACCGCGUCAUUGGUGCGAGCCACCAUAUUACGUUUACUAUUAUGAUCCGAAAAGUAAUAUUUUGAGAAAAGUUCCGAUCACAGGAUAUGAAGGGCGACCUGAUUUCAUGACCUAUCUCUUCACUAGUACUAGUCAGGUUGAGAGUUUAAUGUUUCUGUAA